AUGCGGAAUGCCGCAGGUGAUGUGGAUCGCAACAGCAGCGGCGGACUGCAGGUCAUCGCGGGGUCGUACGAGCGCUUUCUCUUCGGCUUCCGCCUCCACCUCCCCACCUACCCGUACGCCGCGCCCCGCCUUUCGCCCCAACCGCGGCUGUCCCUUGCGCCCUCCCUCACGCGCGCUUGCGCUCUCGUUUCUCGUCCCCCCGUCAGGCUGGGCGCAUCGCAACCAGCAGCGCGCGGCGGGGAGGGAGGGGAGAGGGGAGAAGGUAUGGGGGAGGAGAGGAAGCAGGAGGGGCAAGGCGAGGGGGCCGGGGAGGCGGCGUUGCGGCAGCAGUUCUGCUACGGGGGGCACACGGGGCCCAUCAAGUGCGUGGCGGCGGCGGGGGGGGUGGCGGUGAGCGGGGGGGCGGACGACAGCGUGCGCGUGUAUGACCUGCGCGCGCGCACCGACAUGGGCGCGCUGCUGCACCACUCCGCCGCUGUUUCGUGCCUCGCUUUGCACGGCAGUGGGAGUCGCCCCACUCACCUGCUCGCAGGCAGUGAAGACCGCACCAUCAGCCUAUGGGAGGUCGCCACGUGGCGGCAUCUAUCAAGCCUCAAAGGUCACAAGGCGCCUGUGAAUGACAUCGCAGUGCAUCCAUCGGGGCGGGUGGCGCUGUCAGUGGCGAGGGACGCGGAGCUGCGCCUGUGGAACCUGCUGCAGGCGCGCUGCUCCUUCCGCACGCGCCUGCCCGCCCAGCCCCUCGCCCUCACCUACUCGCCCGGGGACGCUGCCUGCUACGCGCUGGCCCUCAGGGGCGGUGCCGUGGCCGUGCACUGCUCUGCUGAUGCCUCGCUCACCGCCACGCUGCCUCACCCCGCCUCCUGCCUCGCCCUCUCCUUCCUCUCCCCACACGCAGUGGUGACGGGCGGCGAGGAGAGGGCAGUGAAGGUGUGGGAUGUGCGCCAGCCACCGCUGCACCCCGCUGUGUGCGUGGCGGGCGCUCACAGCGCUCGCAUCCGCGGCGUGCUGGGGGCGCUGGCAGCUCGACAAGGGGGCGCAGGGGGGGUUGGGGGUGAGGGGAACGAGCUGGCUGCCGCAGCCAAGGCAGGUCUGACCGCUUGGCGCAGUGAGGGGGGAGGGGGUGGGGUUGGGGAGGACGGGGAGGGCGAGGAGGAAGGGGCAGACAGUGGGGAAGGUGAGGAAGGAGGUGGUAAGCAUGGCAAGGAUCAAGGGGGUGUGGGGAGGAAAAGGAUGAAGAGGGAGAACAAAGGCGGCAGUGGUGAUGCAGCAGCAGCAGCGCGAUGGAAUGAGUAUGUGAUUGUAUCAGCAGCAUCGGAUGGGUGCAUCCGCCUGUGGGACCUGCGCUCCCUCUCCUCGUCCACACACACACCUGCCACUGCACCCACCGCACCCACCGCACUCCCCCCUGGAUGCCUCUCCCAGGUGCUCACCAAUGCGCGCCUCACAUGCCUUGCCCUCUCCGACCUCUCACCCCACUCCACAGCACCACUGCGUGCUGGCAAGAGGGCGGGUGGUGUGGAGGGUGGUGCAGAGGCGAGAAAGAGGAGCAAGCGUGGGAAGGCGUGA